AUGGUAGACGCACAAUCGAACGGAAGCUCAACAUCUAAUGUUGUUCUUAUCACUGGAGCUGCAGGAUGGUUAGGUGGAAUCCUCGCCGGUGAAUUAUUGGCAGACCCAAAAACACCCAAUGUGCACUUAAUCUUAGCCGACAUUGUCGAACCAAAAGCUCCCAAAGGUGCCAAACACGCUUUAACCUUCAAAGCAGACUUGACCGACCCUAAAGAAAUCGCCAAAUUAUAUGACACCGAAUUCGGAACUCCUGAUACAGUGUACUGUUUCCACGGUAUCAUGAGUAGAGGUAGUGAAGACAACUUUGAUUUGGGUUUGAAAGUAAACAUCGACUCAAUCCGAUACAUGCUUGAAGCUGCUCGAACUCGAAAAACCGCCUCAGGAGGACUUAUCAAAUUCAUCUUCACAUCUUCUUUGGCAGUUUACGGAGGACCUCUACCUCCCGUAGUCGACAUCCACACCAUCGCCACUCCUGAAGGAGCUUACGGAAUGGGAAAACUUUCAUCUGAAUUACUCGUAAACGAAUAUUCAAGAAGAGGUUUCGUUGAUGGUAGAAUUUUGAGAUUACCUACAAUCGUAGUCAGACCAGGUGUACCUUCUGCUGCUACAUCAGCGUUCAUCUCUGGUAUCAUAAGAGAACCACUUCAUGGUGAACAAGCUAUCUGCCCUGUAGGAAAUGGAUUCGAUUCACCAGAAUUAUCAUUGGCCGCUUGGGUAGCUUCUCCAGAAAUCACAAUCCAAAAUUUCGUUAUUGCAAAACAUAUUCCCGCUGAAAAAUUCUUACCCCACACCAGAGUCGCUUAUUUGCCAGGUUUCACCACUACUGUAAAGGAAGAACUCGAAGCUUUAGAGACUGUAGCUGGUAAAGACGCCUUGAAAUUGAUUACUUUCAAAGAUGACCCAACCAACCGAAGAAUCGUCUCUUCAUGGCCAGCCAAAUUCGAUAACGCUUAUCCCCUCUCACUCGGUUUCACAGUAGAUCAAGGAGGUAUGGUACCUGUCGUUCAAAGGUUCAAGGAUGCCGUAGAAGCUGGUCUCGCUUAG